AAAGUUUAAGAUACGUUUUUAUUUGUUACAAAACUAGUUAAGUCAGAUUUACUAGUAAAACUACACUAAGGUUCCAUUAGUUGUGUUUAUUAACGCGAUCUAACAAUGCAUUUGAUACAAUAUUAGUCUUUAAUUAAUAAUUGCUCACAAGCACAAGUUCAUGUUUUAAUAAUGCAUUAGUAAAGGCUGUAAACAUCUUCAAUCUUAUUUCAUAUUAGUAAAGAAUAAUGAAAGCUGGUUGUGUGAUCAAUAUUCAUCCUAGUUAUAUAUAAUUUUGCAUUUGGAAACACUGAAUUUAUUUAAAAAAAAGUAAUAUUAUCAUAUAUAUUUUUAAAUGCAAGAGUUCAGACGCAAAAACCUCCAAGUGUUAUUUCAAUUUAAAGACCAUGAAAGCAACUUAUUUUUUGCCAUAAAAAAUUCAUUGCUGAACUUACACCCAGCAGCGUGAUAAAAUGCUCAUUUUAGAAGAACAUUUCAGAUGGCAUUUAGAGGUUUUGCACCAGAACUCUUCAAACAGCUGUACACGUUACUGGAAACUUUUUUUUUUUUUGGACGACGCUUAUACUACGUAGCCAAUUGUGGGGAAUUCGUUGGUAGUCUGUCCUUAUCUACUUGAUAUAAUAACGUGUCUACUGUACAUGGCUUUAUAUGAAUGGAUAAAACACUUUCUAAUAUGGGUGUGAAGAGAAGUGUUUCUCGUGCGCUAGGUGGCACUUGUUGCGUUUAUACCAUCCGUGAGCUAGUGAUGAGGAUCAUCAGAAUUAACCUGUUAUCCAUUGCUUACAGAUUUGUGUAACGUAAAAAUCUUGCGUUUUGUUUGAACAACAGAAUGUGUUCUCUCGGAGGAACUUCGUUGGUUAAAAUGUAAAUGCUCUUACUAUUCGACGUGCACCGAGGAGAAAAUACAAACAAACUGAGGAACACGUACAUUUACGCACAAACGACAACAUUGUUAAGGUAAAAAUGUUCUUUGUGGGUCCUACAAUAUUUUUAUGUUGUUUUCUGAGUGUGUUUUCCAUUUCCAUAAGGGUCCCGCCUCUGUGUUUAUAGCGCGCGCGCUCGGCCAAAAGUGAGACAGAAGUGAAGCAGACUUCAGUGAGGACUCUACCUGUUUCCAACGGCCAUGAACACGCUCCCUGAAAAAGGAUGGCAUCAAAAUGUAAGUCUUCAACUGUCUUGCUACAAAACCUGACUGCUGGAAUCAUGCCGGACUCGAACAUUUCCAAAUCUUCACAGGACAGCCCGGGCAGGAGCGCCGGCUGCGGGUCGGUGUCCGUGUUUUUCCCCAUCACUAUGAUGGUCACUGGAAUGGUGGGAAACUCUCUGGCGAUGCUGCUUGUUUAUAGUGCAUACAGAAAAAAAGAGAACAAAAGGAAGAGAUCAUUUCUGCUUUGCAUCGGUUCAUUGGCGUUAACUGACCUUUUCGGACAGCUGCUUACAAGUCCGAUAGUCAUCUCGGUGUACAGGGCAGAUAUGAAAUGGGACCGCGUGGACCCGUCCAAAACUCUCUGCGCCUUCUUUGGGGUUUGCAUGACCACUUUUGGCUUGUGUCCUCUCUUUUUAGCCAGCGCAAUGGCUAUUGAGAGGGCCUUGGCCAUUAUUGCGCCUCACUGGUACUCGCAUUACAUGAAAACCAGUGUGACCAAGCAGGUCCUGGUCAUCAUUUGGUGUCUGGUUUUGCUCUUUGCCUUGUUGCCCAUUGCUGGUGUUGGGGAGUACACGUUGCAGUGGCCAGGCACUUGGUGCUUCAUAAAUACUGGUGACAAGGACGUAACGGGAAAUACGUUUUUUGCCACAACCUUUGCAGCACUGGGGAUAUUUUCACUGCUGGUCACCUUGUCAUGUAAUGUGGUGACCAUUCGUGCACUGGUUACAAGGUGCAAAACCAAGUCAAGCUCGACCCAGUCAUCAAAGCAGUGGGAGAGGUUGACAACAGAGACUGUUAUUCAGUUGAUGGGCAUUAUGUGUGUGCUGUUGACAUGCUGGUCACCUCUACUGGUCCUUAUGUUAAAGAUGAUCUUGACUCACACAUCCUCUCACCAUUGCUAUUCUGCUGGAUCUCUGUCACCCCAGGAAUUGCAGAAGGACUGUAAUUUCUUUCUGACAGCCAUACGGCUGGCCUCACUCAAUCAGAUUCUGGAUCCAUGGGUUUACCUGCUCCUAAGAGAGAUUCUCCUGAGGAAGUUCUGCCAGGUGGCCAGCGCAGUUUCCAAGUGCUCACUGGACGUGCAGAAACAAACUCAGUGUCCUCUGGAUGUCCAAAAUAAAAAGGCCAUUCAGAACGAUGAUGUUCACAAACAAUCCCUGAACGUGGAAAACAGUAUCUUGAACGUGGGAUGUGAAGAACAGUGACUUGACAGUGGUACAAAAACUGAAUAGUUUUACAAGAAUCAUUAUAAUGACAAAGGGUACAAUCACCCAAUCAUUAUCAGAAUAAUAAUCAUGUGGUGAAGCUGUGGGUUGUGGUAUUGAUGUUGGGUGAUGUCAGCAUACAACCAUGCAAACACGUCACUCUUGUGCCGCUGUAAGUCAAUAGAUUUGUUCACGGUUACUCAGCAACCUUUGAAGCAAAAAUGCCAAGACCUUACAAAUAAGCGUUGUCAUUGAACUUGAAAAUAUCAUGCAUGCUUAAAUUGUCUCUCAUAUAAAAGACAAAUAUAGAUCUGCUAGAGGAAAAAAGUGUUCAAAUGAUGCAGAAAUCCUGCACAUAUAACAGCAAUAUUAUCAAAUUCGAUUUGGAUAAACAAAAGCAAAACCAUCAACUGAUGUUUGCCAGCUCCCAUGGAGGCUGAUUAUACUUAUAAUAUGUUCAGUGUUGGUAUUAUAUAGCAAAAUCCUUUUAUUGAGAGGCCAAAUGCUUGAAAAAAAAUGAAGGAAUCUUUUUUAAAUGCUUAUUUAUGGUGUUAUGCAACAUUUCAGAGCUGUUUAUUUUGCAGUAAAGCACUGAAUGGUCUCAAAUACCUUUCUCCAAACUUCUGCUUUGCAUAUUUUCACUCAUUUUAAAGCCUCUUAUGAACUUUUACUUACCCUUAUUGUAUUUUUUUUUCUCAAUGCCAACACUGCAGAGCUCUUUUUUCAUGCUGAUAACUGUGGCUGUGGACAUUUAAUUGAAUUCCGUGCUUGAAUUUUUUAAGCUGGGUUCCUUAGCGAAGGAAAUGGAAAAGUGAAUGGCUUUAAUUCAAUAGCUUGUUGAGAUGAUUUCUGGCCUUGGAACGACUUCUUUUAGAGUGUUUGCCUCAAUGUGCUUCAUAUUUUUUUAUGUGUGAUGUUCUUGAUAAUAUUCAUCAUCAUCAUAAACCAAACACCUUUAAAAUUCAAAUAGAAACCGAUUUCGGCAGAAUGAUGAUUUGUUGUUUACCAGGUGAUCAAAGCUUUGUUGUGUCCUUAUUUCCCAACCUUUUAGCAGUGAAUUAUGUAACAUUUGAGGUAGUUUGUGGGUAAUGAGCUGGUGCAGCUGUUUUAUAUUAUUCUUGGCUGAUAAGAUGACAUUCAGAAAUUUUCGUUUGUUCAAUUUUAAUUGAACAUACAUAUAUUAUUGUCAAGCAUAAUGGAAGCUGUUCUUCUAAUUGGGCUCUUCAGUUGCACAUCUGUAAUCAUGCAUCCUACAGGGUGUGACUGAACAUCAUCUUAGCAUAUUAUAUGUUCAUUCUGUGCAGUUAGUUAUUGAUUAUAGAGGACCUGUGGAUAAUCAACUAUGCUCAACCGCAGAUCAUAUAUUCACAGUAUUAGAAGGAAUUAAGAUCAGUAAUUUGUUAAAGGAAAAUGAUCAAAAUGUAAAAAAAAAAAAAAAAAAAGCUUUUUUCAAUUUUUUCCCAUAUAGAGUCUGAUACAUGGAAAAUAAAUACAAAUUGCUAAU